UACUUUUGGACGGGCUGUCGGUCGUUGGUGACGAGCUUCGGGCCGUAGUAAAGAAAAGAAUUAAGCAUACAUCCCUGAAUUUAGUUCGUCAUUUGUUAUAAAUUAAUAUAGCAUAGUACCCAGUAAAAUUGUAAUCUAAAAUAGGAAGGCGUUUUAUGGUGAAAUUGUAAAUAUCUGCACCGAAGAGGAGAGAGAGAGUCGCCGCUGCUGGUCUCGAGCUGCCCCUGCUGUCGUCAUAUCGGCCAUGAAUUCCAAUGUAGAAAACCUGCCGCCGCACGUAAUCCGACUGGUGUACAAAGAAGUGUCGGCGCUCACUGCAGAUCCCCCUGAAGGCAUAAAAAUAUUUCCCAAUGAAGAGGACAUCACAGAUUUGCACGCCACUUUGGAGGGUCCAGAAGGGACGCCAUUUGCUGGUGGAGUUUUUAAAAUGCGCCUCGUUCUGGGAAAAGAUUUUCCAGCUACACCACCCAAAGGUUAUUUCCUGACAAAGAUCUUCCAUCCAAAUGUCGGUCACAAUGGAGAAAUCUGUGUCAAUGUUCUCAAGAAAGACUGGAAGGCCGAGCUGGGCAUCAGGCAUAUUCUACUGACAAUCAAGUGUCUUCUAAUCCACCCGAACCCGGAGUCUGCCCUGAAUGAAGAGGCCGGCCGCCUUCUCCUUGAAGAUUACUCCGAGUAUGCCUCCAGGGCCAGGUUGAUGACCGAGAUCCAUGCAAUGGGAAGCAGCACAGGCUUGAGCCACCUGCGGGUCGGAACAGGGGUACCAGGGGACGGAGACAGUGAAGACGUGGGCCUUGGUGGCGCAACAAACGAGGGGGGCCCUCAGCCAAAGAAGCACGCGGGAGAGAACAGCAAGCGACUAAACAAUGGAAAAAAGAAGAUAGAGAAGAAAAGGGCGUUGCGGCGAUUAUAGUAGGCCUGGAAAUUUUAGAGCCUUUGUUAUCAGUUGGGGGAGGGAGGGAAGGGAAAGGGUCGGUGAGGUUCAUGGAAAUCUUCUUGCUGUGAGAACUUUUAUAAUGUGAUAUACACCAGGUUUUUUUUUAAACAAAUUGAAUACAAAGGAGGAGAAUCCUGAAAAAUGCAAUUCAUAACGUUUUCCUGGCCCUGAUGUUAGUCAUAUUUUAGACUUGUUUGUUAUACCUUUCUUAAAAAAAAGAAAACAAAAAAAA